AGCAUCCCUCAAGUCCAGACCAAACUCCACUCCGAAAAAAAAUUCCAACAGCAAACAUGGCGUGUGUACCAGCUCCAGGCUACCAAUCUGCCUACAAUCCCCCAAUCCCUUAUACUACAAUAAUUGCUGGAGGGAUGCGACCAUCAAUGGCUGUCUUUAUACAGGCCACACUUCCCAGUGAUCAUAAGAGAUUUACCGUUAACUUUUCCACUGCUGAGGGUGAAGACUCAGACCUUGCCCUCCACAUGAACGCACGAUAUGAUGGUCGCGACAGAGUUGUCUUUAACACACGUCAGAAUGGGGAAUGGAAGGAGGAGGAAAUUAAAAAAGACAUGCCAUUUAAGGCAGGAAAGGUCUUCAGUAUGCUGUUUGAGAUUACUCGGAACAACUACCUGGUAGCAGCCAAUGGGGAUCGUUUCUAUGAGUUUGGACACCGUAUUCCUUUGGACCAAGUGAGGUGGGUCAGUGUGUCUGGAGAUAUCAUCGUUCAACACCUGGCCAUCCUUGGCAGCGGCCCUGGAGUGAAGGGAGGUCUUGUGUUGUCGGCCCUACAAACUGAUCUUUAUCCUGUGAUGGGACCUCCAGCCAUACUUCCAGCAGUCCCAUUCAAAGCUAACAUCAAUGGAGGAAUGAUACCAAAGCGAUCUGUGAUUCUUAAAGGGAUCCCAACUGGCAAAACCUUUAGUGUAAACCUCAAAAGUGGAAUGACCAAUGAUAUUGCAUUUCAUUUUAACCCACGACUGAACAAAGGCACUCUAGUCAGAAACAGCUUCGUCAAUGGCACCUGGGGACAAGAAGAAACACAGGUUGCCAAAAACCCAAUCAAGCAGGGUGACUACUUUGAGCUUUCUAUUCGCGCUGGACAGAAGGCAUUUAAGAUCUUUAUGAAUGGAAGUCACCAUUUUGACUUUGAUUACCGCAUGCAGAAUUUAGCGCAAGUGGACACCCUGGAAGUGGACGGCAAUGUAAAACUUUUUUACGUAUUGAUCUAAUUAAGUCGUCAACCAGCCAUCGACCUCCCAAAAUUCAAGUCAUCAGUUACCAACAACUUUAUCCUGAUCACCUAAUCUGAACUUCAAUAAUAAAAUUUAGUAAAUACUUUAUAUAAAACAAAA